UCCACAUUCGAAGGCGCACUCCUCCUCGACCUCUUUGAGAAACUCUCCAAAUCCGCGUCCGCCAUCGGAGAUGACAAACACACACAUGUCGCAGGCGCCUUCGCGCUCGUCAAGCUCAGGGGUGUGGAAUCCUUCACAGCCCAAGAGAUAGCAGCGGUAACAGGUCUAUCUUUAAACGGCACACUCACCGCACUCAGCACAGGCAGAGCCACAGAUACCAUCAUACGCCAGAUACGCCACCACGCGGCCCAAUUCCUCGACACCUCCGACCCCAAAUGGAAGCUCACGGGCCUCAUCCUCGAAGCCACCGACCUCGCCGCCUCCGUCCUCCACGGCACCACAACCAUCGCCGAAAAAAUAACCCGAAACCUCUACCUCGACAACGAACUCGCCGCCAUCGCCUCCUCCGCCUCCCCCUUCUGGACCUACACUUCCCACCCCUUCCCCGCCGCCGACCCCAAAGGCGCCCUCCCAGCCCACCUGCCCCCAACCUACACCAUCUACCCCUCCCGCACCAUAGCCCAAAUGUGGAACGUCCUCCGCCUAACCCGCAUCCUUCUGUGCGAAGAAAUCCUCGCCUCCCUCCCUUCCACCCCUUCCUCCCCUUCCGCCCUCCUAACCGCCUCCUGCUCCAAAACCACAAUCCACCAAAUGACAAGCGAGAUAUGUGCUUCACUGCCUCACAUGACAAAUUGCGCCUACGCAGCCCGCCACAAGCUCCCUGGAGGUGAGAACCCGGAAAAACAGCAUACACACACCGUCCCGCAUACGCUCGACGUCUACGUUAUGAUCUUCGCCGUCUACGUGGUAGCGUGGGCACCGCAUGCCGCGCCUCAGAGUCGCGAGUGGGGAGUCAAGCAGCUGGAGAAUAUGGCGACGCAUUUUGGGAGUCAGGAGGCUAGUGUUAUACUUGAGGUUUUGAGACGGCAGAGAAGGGGG